AUGGAGGACAGCCUAAAGCAGCUCAGCCUGGGGAGAGAUCCUGAGGGGGCAGGGGACAGCCAGGCCCUGGCUGAGCUCCAGGAGCUUGCCCUGAAGUGGUUCAUGGAGACACAGGCCCCCUUCAUUCUGCAGAAUGGUGCCCUGCCUCCCUGGUUUCAUGGAUUCAUCACCCGCAAGCAGACGGAGCAGCUACUCAGGGACAGAGCUCUUGGUUCCUUCCUUAUCCGCCUCAGUGACCGAGCCACCGGCUACAUCUUGUCCUACAGGGGCAGCAAUCGUUGCCGACAUUUUGUCAUCAACCAGCUUCAAAACCGGCGUUACAUCAUCUCAGGAGACACCCAGAGCCACAGCACCUUGGCUGAGCUUGUGCACCAUUACCAGGAGGCACAGCUUGAGCCCUUCGGAGAGAUGCUGACUGCUGCCUGCCCCCGGCCAGAGGACAAUGAUAUGUAUGAUGCCAUCACCCGGGGCCUCCACCAGACCAUCGUGGACCCAGAAAACCUGCCUGCCAUGGUAUCCCCCACAGUGGUCCCAGACAAGGCCGCCAGCCCCCACUCAUCUCCAAAGCCCCAGGUCUCCUUCCUCCAUGCAGAGAAGAGUCUGGAUGUGAGUCCCCGGAACCUCUCCCAGGAGGAAAGCAUGGAGGCUCCCAUCAGAGUGCCCCCACUCCCUGAGAGGAGUUCCUCCCUCCUGGAAGAGUCUUUUGGAGGCCCCAGUGACAUCAUCUAUGCAGACCUGAGGAAGAUGAACCAGGCACGGCUAGGCUUGGGCACAGAGGGGUCCAGCAGGCAUGCACCAGUUCCAGCUGGCAGCCAGGCCUACUCCCCAGGCAAGGAGGCCCAAAGGAGACUCUCAGAUGGAGAACAGAAUAGGCCUCAUGGCCUGGUGCCUGUCCUCUCUGGGGUGAGCCCAGACCAGGGUCCCACAGAGUCUCCCACUUCCUGGGGGUGUUCUAAUGCCAUGGGAUCCCUGGGGGCCACCUGGAGGCAAGAGUUUCCAAAGCUGAGCCAAGAGGCUCAGCCCUGCUCCCAGGGCAGCUCUGCAGAUAUCUAUGAGUUCACUGGGACACACGGCCCCCUGCAAGAGGCCAGGGACACACCAGACCAAGAAGGCAGUACCUAUGAGCAGAUCCCAGCUUGCUGGGGUGACCCAGCCAGGGCCCCACAUCCUGGGGCCAGUCCCACAUCUAGCCCAUGGGUACAUGGGCCCAUGUACCAUGGCUACAAGAGGAUCUCAGGGCCCCCAGGGCUCCCAGAGCCUGGGAACACCUAUGAGCAGAUCCCAGCAACCAAGAGCAAGGAGACUGGACGGAUGCACAAGGUGAGCUCCAUGACGGGAUGGGGCGGCUCCCAGCCCUUAGAGAGCACCUGGUGGUAAGAGACAACCUGUAGCCCCCAGGCAUAGGCAGGUCAGGUCACCGCCACUGCGUGGAA